AUGUUUAUCACUAGACCUUGGCUUUGUUCCCGAUACUCAUCAUCGCAGCGUUUGAGAAAAAGACCGACUCACACUGCGUGCACGGACAGCCGCCGGACGGCAGGCAUCCGGAGAUAUCACCAAGACUUGAUUUCGUACAAACGCGUAGCAGGUUCUCGUGCGACAGUUACAGCCUCCGGGCUCUAG